AUUUGUCCAAUCAUCCUUUGAAAUGUCAACCAAAAAUUGACAAUUCAUUUAGCAGAAAUCCGCAUGGAACCCUUUCAUAUAUAAAUUGACUUGUUUUAACUCCGAAGGAGAGAGCUCUCAUCUUCUAACACGAGAAACAAAGAAAGAUCUUAAAAAAAGGUUUGUGGGUAUGGCAGAAGAAUUUCAUGCUGGGAUUUGUAGAGGGACGUGGUGGAAUUCGACGAAACCCAUGUUAACAGGGUGUUCUCUGCCGCCUUCUACGGGGGUUGUCGACAUGGGAAACUUUGGUUAUGACACUGAUAUGGUGGAUAUUAGGGCAAGAACAAGGUAUUAUGAAGAGUCGACUAAAAACCCAGUUUCUGGUGUUAGCUCCACAGUUUUCCAAGGUCAUCUUCAUCAUCAAACUGAUUCAGAUAGUGGUGGCACUAGCAGCAGUCUUUUGAUUGAUUCCACUUUACAAAUGAUGGGUUUUGGCCUUCCAUCUUCGACAACUUCGGACUGGAACUUGUCUUUGCUUCGGAGUAAUGGGAGAACUGAGUUUUAUAAUUCGAUUCUUCAAGAAGAUAUAGAUUCAAGGUUGAACUAUCGGCAAGAAACAGGCAUGAGUUCAGUUCAAAUCCAUAACUACUGGAGCCCAAAGAGCCAUUCAAGUCCUGGGAAAGAUUCUUCCAUCCCUGUUGUCGAGCCUAUCGAUCAAGAUAUUUCAUUGAAUUCAGUAACCAGCUCCGGUAAUAGUACACCAACAUGCCAGGGCUUGCCAGCUGGGUUCCCAAUGGCUUCAUCAUCGUACGGUUACCCAUCAACACUGUUACAUAGUUUGUUUCAAUCCGAUCCUCAAACUUCAGAACAACAAUCACUUUUCAACAACCGGUCAAUCAACUAUAUAUCGUCUGAAAAAUCUUCAUGGCCAAAGCAGCAACCUAGUAGCUUGCGCUUCUCCAACAACACACCCUUCUGGAACGCCUCUGCCACUGGCAUAAACGAUGUUAAAAGCGGCUUCUUACCCUCGCCAGCAUCACAAUUUCUUGUACAAACAUUCGAAGAGAAGGCUAAUUGCCCCAGCUCGACAACAAAGACUAAUUCCACAGAAGCUGGAAAGUCGGCGUCAGGGAUGAAGAGGCCAAAGCUUGAAUCACCAUCGCCUUUACCAACUUUUAAGGUCCGGAAAGAGAAGCUAGGGGACCGAAUCACUGCGCUCCAGCAAUUGGUUUCACCUUUCGGAAAGACGGAUACGGCAUCUGUUCUCCACGAAGCCAUUGAAUACAUCAAGUUCCUCCAUGAUCAAGUCAAUGUUCUAAGUACUCCAUAUAUGAAACAAGCAGUAGAUUCCAUACAACAAGAGAAUAUUGAUAACUUGAAAGAUCCUGAUGAGCCAAAACAAGCCCUAAAAAGCCGGGGGCUUUGUUUGGUGCCAAUAUCUAGCACAUUCCCAGUUACAAAUGAGACCACAGCUGAUAUUUGGACGCCAACUUUUGGUGGAACAUUGAGGUAAAAGAUGAAGACAAAUAAUAAAGCUAAAUGGAGUUGUACAGUUACCACCAGCUCCGGCCAUAACUUCGAGUUCGGAGAAAAAACGAAAAGAGAUAAUGGAAAACGUAAAAGCUACCCAAUGCUUUUCUGUAUCAGUGUUGAUAAAAAAAGCUAAAGAAAAAAGAAAAGAAAAGGAAAUGACGGUCCAAAGAUGGUCGACAGAGACCAACAAAGUGUGCUGAACUGCUGGGCCAACUGCUACAAAGAGAAUGAUGUAGCGCUAAAGAAAAAACAAAGAAAAGAUUACCCCAUUCCAUGGUGUUUUUUUUUUUUUUUCUUUGAAUAAUGGAAGUUUUACAUAUUAUAGCAACAGGAACAAGUGCUAAAUUCAGCGAAAAUCGACAUGAAUUAACUCAUGUUAUACUUUUAUUUAUUUUAUUGUUGCUUGCUUUGAUGUUAGUAGCUGAAUUUAGCAGAUUCUAGACCCCUUUUUGUUCCAGUUGAUUAUAUUUGUAUAAGGUAGCCACCGAGAAAAUGAAUAAAGAAAAGAUUGCAUUAGAA